AUGUCACACACGCUGUAUAAUCGAAACCCUUGUCGAGGAUAUUCAGUGAUCGCAAAAGCAUGCCACUCACAUCACGUGCCGGUAGUCAUCUCCUCGGCUGGCGGUAAUGGAGAAGAUGAUGCUGUCGAUAUGUUCCUCGAGAUGACCAGAAGCACCAUUCGCUUACAUCAUUAUCGAUCCAUGAAAGUGGUAGCGGAACGGGAUGUCAACGAUACUCGGCUGAGCGUGGCUCAGAUGGGCCCUGAACUCAUACAGAAAGCAACGAUAGAGCAUCCAGACUUCGAAAUCCUUGUCGUGGGUAGAUCCUACAACCCAGCUCCUUCCGUUACGUUUUGUACUUUUCGAGGUUUCAAAGACCCCGGAGUCGACUACCACAUGGGGAAGAUCAUGGAAUACGGUGCAUCAUGUGCUACGCCGAAAUCAACUUCCGCAUUGGCCAUUGUCAGAAAAGAGCCAUCCCGCUUCGAGGUCAGACCUCAUUGGCCAGAUAGACGAACUCAAACUAGAGGUUAUCGCGGCCAUGGAAAUAAAUUAGGUUUCGAGUUCGAUUGUAAAAUACACGUUCAUGGCAACAACGGACACGUCCGUGCAAAAAUCACAGCACAAGCAAAAGAGACAUGCAAACUUCUGAGGACAUAUCUCAUGCAUGCGCCCUACUCUCACCAGGUAGCUACAGUCAGCAACCUCUGCGAUCUGUCUCUCGGUCCUGCAUGCAAGUUCUGUGUCUACCAUCUGAUGGAGAUGGAUGAUCCGACGAAGCUCUUUCCCGUCUCUCACGAGACAGUAUCGCCACAGAGCGACAUCAAGCCAUACAGUCCUAUCUUGCCUUCAUCCCAGCAAAUCAGAAAGACGAAGAUCAAGUCUACAGUAGUGUCGAAGUUUGAUUCAAGAUCUCGGGAAUCUUUCCUUACGCCUCGUCCACCGACUGGAUACUGCUACCUCGGUGAUGUUGCUGCUAUGGUACGAAGCAAGAACGCCGGUCCUUACGAGCUCACUUUUGAUGUCCGCUUCACUGAUCAGGAGAUAUUAGAUGAGAUCAAGGUAUCGGGAGUGUUGACGAAGGAAUGUAUCGCAAAGCUGUAA